CUCCUCCACCCCUUCACGGGCGACGUUGUGGAGCUCCCGGCAGACAUAACUCUCCCAGAAAACUUGAAAAGACGCUUGUUACCGAUCAACGUGUUCGCUGCUGUGAGUACAAGUCCAGAUGGAGUCCUUGGGGUCAUGGUCACGUUUCAGAAUACACCAUUCAUACUCUUUGCUAGCACAAAUGACAAGCGGUGGAGUUUAUGUGCCUUUCCGGGCUUCCGCCCACACCCACAUGCGAGCCCAUUAUCAUUCAAAGGACAACUUUACAUGUUGCAGGAGCAGAUAUCUAGCUUGGAAGUAAAUAUUCUCCGGUUCGACCCACCUUGGCAAGAUCACUCAACGACAUUGGGUUUAGCUUCGUCUUCCUUGUUGUCACCCAAGUUGGUUGCCACAUGUCCCGCGGAUAAGUUCCACUUGCCCGAGCUGGUAGAAUGCGACUCCGAGAUCCUGGUGGUUGGCAAUAAAGAAACUACACAUAUUCUUAUUUACAGAUUAGCGGAUCUUGCCCAAGGAAAGUUUGUCCCAGUAAAAAGCAUCGGAGGAAAUGCUCUUUUGAUUGAUAGUAAAAGGAACCCGAGUUUUAGUUUGUCGGCGGUGCCUACCACCACGGGUGAUACCAUUGUGCUUGCAGAUCGCACCCCUGACAAAUAUACUUUUCAAUACCACCUCAGCAGCGAUACCUGGUCAUCAAGAGUUGGGGGAUGUGCAGAACAUGGUUGUAGCAUGGAGUGUUGUACUUGUAGCCUCAUUGACCAUAUGUGCAAUACCUGUCGAUGUGUUUCUAAGUGGGACACACGUGGUGGAAUAAUCAGUCCGGCCAGGUGGAAUAAUAAUCAGUUCAUUGCGAACCAUAAUGCAGGUCAUAUCUAGCGGUUAGCAUGGGUGGCGAUAUGCAUGGAGCAAGUUCAGUUUGAACUGUAAUACCUUCGUUAACCGACUGUUAUGCUGUGGCAGAUAUUCUCUUAUCUUCUGCUAG